AUGGAAUUUUACUUCACGUUGACUAAAAAGUUGAGCAAAUAUACUUGGAGUGUACAGACUUUUAAAAUGAAUGAGCCAACAGGUGCUGGACCAACUUUCGCUGACGCCUGUGAUGAUGGUGAACUUAUCAGCAUUUGUUGUCUUUGUGGAAAAACGUUUAGUAGUCAAAGUCUCUUACACAAACACUUUGAAUUAAUGCAUGAAGGUACAGAGAUAGACACUGAACAGUAUGAUCUAAGUGGGUUCGCUGCUAUGGGAAAUGAACAAGGUCGCAAAAGUAAUGGAGAGGAAGAUGCAAAUUUCCGAGUCUUGAAUUGCGCGUUCUGCAACAAGGUGUUUACUAAACACUGUAAUUUGAACACACAUAUCAAAGCAGUACAUAAAGGUGUAAAGCCUUUCGAAUGCACCUACUGUUAUAAAGGUUUCACCAGAAACUCGGAUCUCCAUAAACACAUUGACGCUGUUCACAAAGGUCUCAAACCAUUUGGAUGUGAAGUGUGCCAGCGAAACUUCUCUCAGAAAUCAAGUCUAAAGCGACACAUCGAAGCUAUCCAUGAAGAUCCUCGACACCGCUGA